AGGUGACUGGGGACAGGAUGGGGCUUAGGGUGAGGCCCUAGGGUCCUAUGUGUGGUGCUUGGGACAAGGGUCUGCAACGCCUGGGCCAUGGUGGGGGACCAAAGGGCAGGGGACACCGUGGUGUCACUGUGAUGAAGAGAAAGAAGUAAGAGCUGAGGAAGGCCCAGGGCUUUGUGCUCAAGCUGGCGGCAGGUGUGUGUUUGAGAUUGUCACAGUAACUGUGGGCAGCAGAUAUUACAAUCCCCUGCACUGCUAAGGAAGACCCACUCACCAACAAAGGUUGGGUGAUGCUUGCAGCAGUAUUGGUAGGACAGAAGUCUGUUUCAGCCCUGGUGGAAGACAUAUCUGCAACCUCUCUGGCUGAGACAAGGUUGCAGCCUUGAACAGGGACUCUGGGUAAGUUAGGCUUGCUGCACGGGUUCUCAUGUGAGGCUUUCUGUCUUCUCCAGCGCAGCAGCAGCGUGCAGGGACUCUCAGCUAUCUCUGUGGACUUUGAGAUUCACUGUCACCCUCCAUGGCUCCUUACCACAUCCGCAAAUACCACGUUGGAGACCACAAGCAGGUGCUGGCCCUGUUUGCCCAGGGCAUGGAGGAGCACAUCCCUGCAACAUUCUACCACCUGUUGAAGCUACCCCGAGCCCUCCUGAUCUUGGCUGGAGUGCCCCUCAUGCUCUUCCUGGUCUUUGGCUCCUGGCUCCUGGCCCUGUUGGCAAGCUUCAUCCUCCUUGCAGGGUUGAAGUUCGUUGCCACAGUUCCCUGGAAGCAGUACAUUGCCAUGAGUUUGCAGACAGACAUGGCUGACAUUGUGAAAACCUACCUGAGUGGCAGAGGCUCCUGCUUCUGGGUGGCUGAGUCUGAGGGGCAGGUGGUGGGCACAGUGGGAGCUCUGCCUGUGAAGGAAUCCACCUUGCGGGAGAAGCAGCUGCAGCUCUUUCACCUGUCUGUGGGCAUGGAACACCGGGGUCAGGGCAUAGCAAAGUCCCUGGUCAGGACAGUCAUCCAGUUUGCCCGGGACCAGGGCUACAGUGAGGUAGUCCUGGAGACCAGUGUAGUGCAGUCAGCUGCCCUGAGCCUCUACCAGGCCAUGGGCUUCCAGGUUAAACGCAAGUUCAACUACAAUAUAAGUAGUAUGCUAGUUGGUGUUUAUACUUUUCGUUUGGUCUUCCCUCUGGCUUCUGCUGAGGGAAGGAACUUCUGAUCUAUGUCCUGUGCAUGAAUCAGGAGAGGAUCCACUAACCUGAAGGCCACUAACUCCAGCUCUGCAGAGUGGAGAACUAUAAAAACUCUUCUGCUGUUGCAUAUCUGAUUCCACCUGUCUGGUGCAUCACAGUUCUAAGGGUUUGCUUUGCUCCACCUGCUUGAGUGCCUCUGUUUUCACUUCCCCUGCAUACAGCCACGCUCCAUGAGAAACCAGCUAUUGAGCUAUUCCUGUGCCGGCUUCAGUCUGUGAGUCUGCAGAGAACAGUUGGAGCAGAGCAGGCUGGGCAGCCCUGCCAGAGACCAGCUCCUGCUGUCUUGAGAGCUUUUAAGGAUGCAUGGAUUGGCGAGAAGACAAGAAG